GGCAAUUCUAAUAUGUGAUGAUGGGAAAAGUAAAGAAGCCUGCCAGUGAAAGCAAGGAGGAAGGUCAGAAAAAGAUAUCCAGCUUCUUCCAGCAGAAACCGGCAGAAAAAACAAAGCCUAAGGCAUUGUUCACUGAGCAUGGUCACCAAAAAAAUGCUCAAAAAUUUCAGCUGACAGAACCGAUAGUCAUUUCAGAUGGUCUGGAAAAAAAGCUUGAAAACACAGGAAGACAAAAUUUGCCUAAUGAAAAGGAAAAUGUUAAAGAGACAUUAAGAUGUAAAGCAGAACAUGUGGAAACUUCAGUUAAUGAAAGGGCUCGAGCUAAAAACACAGCUGACAGUGCUAAACAGACAGUAGUGACUUGUAUCCCAGAAACUCAGAUAUGUUUUACACCACCCGGUGUAAAAGAAAGUAAAAAUGAUGUUAAAGACUCGCCUGAAGUGAAUGACUUCGGUCUAAUACCUGAUACACCUCAAGAAAAGAAAGAAGAAGUAACGAAACCAAAACGUCCUUUAGGACGAAGUUUUUUGCUCUCAGCAGCGCAAAUGGGUACAAAUCCUAUACAGAAGGCAAAAGAGCACAGACAAGAGAAGCUAGCUAUGAAGAAGAAAGUUAGCCAGGCAAGGAAAAGCUUAUUGUCAGUAUCUGUUCAGUUUAACCCUGAAGAAAAAGAAAUGUCAAACUGUACAGUGAAAACUGCGUGUUCUUUGAACGCUUACCUUGAUAAAAAUGUUACUGCAGACACUGAGAAUCACAAUGGGGAUCUUCGUGGUAAUAGCAAUUUAGUAUGUGAUGGUAAAACUCCUACAAAAAUUUAUUCUGAUGGAAACACCAUGAAAAGAAUGGCAAAGUCAGGUACAUCACCUGACUCUAAAAGACUUGUUAGUGAUGAAUCUGGAAAAGUUAAUGAUAGCAAUGGUGUAUCAAAUGGGAAACAGUUGUCCUUGGGAAAUUCAGUUUGUAAACUUGAUUUUGAUGGAAACACAGAAAAGCUCGUAACAGAAGGAGCAGGGUUAGGAAAAAUUGACACCCCUGUUGAUGAAACUGACUUUAAAAGUGUUACAAGUUUAUUGGAGAAUAAAAGUAAAGCAGAAAGCAAAGAAGAACAGAUUAGGAUGGAGAGAAAGAAAAUGAGAGAAAGAAUGCUGAAACUUAAGCAAGAGAAAGAACUUCUUGAGAAGAAAAGGGUUGCUAAAGAAGAGAACAGAAGGAAAAGUGAGAUACUGAUGAAGUACCAGUUAACUGGGGUUGCAGAUGGUGAAGAGAAAUAUGAGGGAGAUAUAUCUGUGACCCAGGAUGAUGCUCUUGACGAUAUACUGCAAGAACUUAAAUCUCCAAGUUUAAUUAAACCAUCAAAGACAUCGAAAUCUUCAGUAAUUUCUAAAACCAAGAUUAAGGCUUCAGAUUUUACAAAAACAAAACUAUUAGAUAAAAAAACUACAGACAGAAUUGUUAAACGUCAUACACAUGCAGAUGAUAUGAGUAAAACAAAUGAUUUGGCAGUAGUGAAACAUAAAGAAUUGGAUAUUGUUAAUGAUUGGACUAAAGAAGACGAUGAUUAUUUUUCAAAACUUGGAGUAGAAAUAGGUGUUAAAACAAAGGGUAAAGAUGUUUUAAAGAAGGCUGAUGAUGAAUUUGAAAUAGAGCACUACCUGACACCUUGUAACUUAGCAACAGAAAGGUCAAAGACACCAACAGCAGAAAUGGAAAUUGAAGAGUUUGUGUCUCAGCAGCCAGAUAGUCAACUGCUCUGUGAUCAAAUGGAAGGCCUGUCUCCAUUUAAAAAGAAAAGGGAAACAAGAAACACUGUGACGGGUCAGACAGAAGCUCCAUGUGCUAGUUACGGAAGGCAUACUGUGACUAAAGUUAGUUACUCCAAUGAUAAACAUCAGAUGGAACUGGAUGUUAGCUCACAGCCAGGAGAUGUCCACAGGAAAUGUAUACUCAGUGGAUUCUGGUUGGACAGUCAUGUACAAGAAGGGGACACAGUCCAUGUUCUUGCAGAGUUCACAGACGAUGUUUGUUAUAUCACAGACCAGUCUGGAUUGCUGAUUAUAAAUCCAGAUCUGCUUCUGUCGGGAACUACAGUUGUAUCUAGUGUCUUCUGUAUGAGAAAGUCUAUACUGAAGGAGAAAUUUAAGGGAUGCGACAGUAGAAAUGUACAGAUGUUAUAUGGAAGUAUCAUCCACAGUGUUUUUCAGCAGAUGCUGAAGAAAAAAUUGUGCACAGCUGAGGGUAUUAUACAAGAAUCAGCUACAAUUGUUAAACAGCUUAGUAAUCUUUUAGAAAUGUAUGCUAAUCAGAUGACUGAAGACAAGGUGAUGGAAGAGAUUAAGAGUUACAUUCCACAGAUGAUUUCUUGGCUUGCACAGUAUACUAGAUUUGGUAGUAGUUUCACAGUAAAAAAACAAAGUGACUCGGAUGUUCAGGUGACCAAAGUUUGUGAUAUUGAGGAAAACAUGUGGUCACCUAGAUAUGGUAUCAAAGGCAAGAUAGAUCUAACAGUUGAAGCCAGAAUCAAAAAUGGGCCGGGUACCACAACAUUGCCAUUAGAACUGAAGACAGGAAAGACGUCUUACUCCGUGGAACAUAAAGGACAGGUGACUCUGUAUUCCAUGAUGUGUGGAGACAGAAGGAAGGAUCCCCAAAAAGGCAUGCUGCUAUACCUAAAAGAACCCAGUAUGAAAAUUAUACCAGCUGAUCACAUACAUCAGAAAGGACUUAUUCAGUUGCGUAAUGAAAUGGCUUACUACAUCUCAAGACAGGUGAUAAAAUCUACAGAGGACAGUGAGCAAAAGACAUUCACACUUGGCAGAUUGCCAGAUCCCAUAUCAAAUAUUCGAGCAUGUCAGAAAUGCCCACAGCUUAUCAACUGUUCAAUAUACCAAAGGCAGGUUGAAGGGAGGUCAGCUGAUUCCAGCGGGAUGUCUGGAUUGGUUAAUGAAAGUUUGGGGCAUUUGACGUUGGAUCACAUGACAUAUUUUAUCCAAUGGUGUCUCAUGUUAGAUCUAGAAUCACAGCUUGGUCAAUCAAAAAAGACUUUAGCAGACAUAUGGUGUAAAAAUUCUGUGAAGAGGGAGGAAGCAGGACUCUGUCUCAGUGGAAUGGUUUUACUCUCUGAGAGCUGUGAAGAGAUAGGACAAGAUGCAGUUGUACUUACCUUCUCUCGGCAUUCACAAUAUCCCAAGCAAGGUCCACUGUCUAGUGUGGGUAUUACACUACAAGACAGUGUUGUGAUCAGUAGAGAAGACCCUGCCUGGGUUGCAGUUUGUACAGGAUUUGUGCAAGAAAUUUCACCCGGCUUCAUCCAGGUCCUCACUGAAAGGGAGUCAGUCGACCGUCUGCUUGGAAUGAAGGGAAGUGUUUUUCGUAUUGACAAGUGUGACAGUUUCAGUACAGCAGGAAUUCUCUACACCAAUGUCUCAAAGCUUAUGACAGAUGAUUCUCACAGUAACAAAUUGCGAAGACUCAUCAUUGAUAGAGUGAAGCCAGAGUUCAUCAAUACGCUGUCAAAGGGAAACAUAGAGAAGGUGAAAUCUGUCUUCAAGAAUCUCAACAAGCCUCAGAAGACUGCAAUAUUGAAGGUGUUGAUGUGUAAGGAUUAUGUACUUAUCCGAGGCUACCCUGGGACAGGCAAGACAUCCACCAUCGUUGCACUUGUGAAGGUGUUGCAUGAACUCGGCCUGUCAGUAUUGUUGACAAGUUACACUCACUCAGCAGUAGAUAAUAUACUGCUUAAACUUAAAAAAGAUGGUGUAAAAUUUCUCAGAGUUGGUCGUGUUGCUAAGGUACACAGUGAGAUCAGGCAGUUUACUGUGGAAGCCAUGACAAAAGAGAUUUCAACCACAAGCGAGUUGGAAAACUUCUUUAGUGCUCAGAAAAUAGUUGCUACAAGUUGUCUUGGUAUGAACCACCCCAUGUUCACUCAGAGGCAGUUUGAUGUUUGUAUAGUAGACGAGGCUUCACAGGUUCUUCAGCCCGCAUGUCUUGGUCCUCUGUUUUGCUGCAGGAGGUUUGUGCUGGUUGGAGACCCCCAACAGCUGCCGCCUGUUGUACAGAGCAAAGAGUCAAGGGACCUUGGCAUGGACGAGAGCCUGUUCUGUAGGCUGGAUGACCUUUAUGCGACAUUUGAUCUCAACGUACAAUAUCGAAUGAAUAGAGAGAUAAUGCAUAUUAGUAAUACUUUGGUUUAUAACGGAUGUUUAAAGUGUGGUAGUGACACAGUUGCGAAUCAGACACUGGCCAUUCCGAGGUCAGAUGUUUCAGAAGGCAUUUUGAAACGGGUACCAUGGAUGGAAGGAAUUUUUGACUGCAGUUUGUGUAAAUCAGUUGUAGUUCUGGAUACACAAAAUAUUGGAGCUAACCACGUACAGGUAAAAACUGGUGGUUAUAGGAAUGAGAAGGAGGCAAUAAUUGUGGAACAAAUUGUGACUAAUCUUUGUCGAGUUGGGGUCGAGAGUGCGGACAUAGGUGUAAUAGCACCAUACAGAAGUCAAGUGUUACAUAUACGGGAGAAACUAGGUCAAGGGCACUCAAAGUCAGAGGUAGAGGUUAAUACAGUGGACCAAUACCAAGGAAGAGAUAAAAAUAUCAUCAUCAUCUCCUUUGUAAUGAGUUCUAAUGAGAAAACGGGAAAGGUAGGGGAGUUGUUACAGGAUAUAAGACGUCUAAAUGUUGCUGUUACAAGAGCUAAGAAGAAACUGAUUCUUAUAGGAAAUACAGAAACUCUCAGUCAAUACAGCCAUCUGAAACAGCUGCUGGAGCUUCUUGAUACCAGCAACAUAAAUGUACUUGACAAGUCACAAGUUUGAUUGUGACAAACGAAUGUACGACAAAAUCCCCCCCUCCCUCGCCUCCCCCAGACACGACAAAAUCACCUCUGUUCAAUUUUACCAAGGCAAACAAAAUCACCCACUUUGAUUUUGUUGAAUAACUAUAAAAAUGAUGUUACCAGUGAUUAAAACAUUACAAAUUAUCAAUUUUUAUUCGGAAUGAAGUGAAAAUUUUGAUUUACUCGUAAUAGAAAAAAAUCAACAAGGGGAGUGGGAUUUUGUCAGUAUUCUGUGAAAAACAAAAACAGUGCACCUCAGGAAACGACGGCUAUUAGCCAAUUCCUAAAUUUUUUAGUAUAUUUUAAUAUUUUGAAUAUUUUUCCAGUAUACAUUGUUGGUUAGUGAAAAAGGGCAUUAAUUAAUUUUAUAUUUAGUUGCUUCCUAUGUUAGGCCAUUAUGAAUAAAUUGCUACAUUACUUUGCAAAUUUUACUUUAAAUGUCACACUGACUGUCAGUAGAAAAAUUGUUUCUGCCCAAUAUUUUCAGAACACCUUGAAGUACAGCAUCAAACUUGGUUAGCGCAUUGCUAGCGGGAAGUUAGUGCAAUUUAGUUCCACUCAGUAAUUUCUGAAUGCUUUUGACUUUAAUGCUCAAACUUGGUAAGCACUUCACUUCAGAUGUAUUUUGCUUUGUACAGUUCUGAACUAAAUAUACCAGUAAAUUGUGCUUAACCUUUAUCAUGCUAAAUUUCUAAAAUAGACUAGUCUAUUAUUCAAUUUGGGCAGUACCAUUUAUUAUUCGAAGGGGUGUUCACUGAAAAUUAUACAGGCUGAUCUUGGUCGGCACUGGUCAUGAAAGCAGAAUCACUUGCUACCAGCAGACAAUGUUAAAGGCAAUGCUUGAAAAGUCAAAAUGUGGACUUAAUUCACAGUUUAAAAAGUUUAACCCUUACCAUGCUGGACACCAUUGGUUUUGCCUUUGCGACCAGUGUAGAUCAUGAUCUGCACUGUUCGCUAUUCAGCCAGUAUCUUUUUGGUAAGCACCCCUUUUAACAGUUAACCAGGUACUGUCCAAAUUGGAAGAUGGACAAGUUCAUUAUAGAAAUUUAGCAUGGUAAGGGUCAAGUUGGAAAUGCUAAUGGUGGUCUGAAGUACCAGAUGGUUUCUGUUCACAGGGUGGCUGGCAAUUAUUUUGCAUGUUUAUGUAAAUACUGAUAAUUUUGAUCAGCCUUUGGAAGAUAAUUAUGGUUGUCUAUAUAAAAUUCUGUUUACUAGUAUUUUCCUAUCCUUUAUACCAGAAUAUAUAUUAUUAUGAAAUUCAGGGAAAAGAAUGUUCUUGGGGAUAUGAUUCCGCGGUAUUUGCUCUUCGAUUUCAAAAACUUAUAAGACUGCAUGUUUUGUAUAAUCUAUUAUUAUCUAGUCAUCUGUAAUGGCAUAUUGGUUUUGAAGAAAGGUAAUGAAGACACAUUGACUAAGUUGUAAUUAAGUUACUACCAAUUAAUUGUGGUACGUCAAAGUGUCGAUUGUUUAUUUUCGGAUCUAUUUUGACUUGUUUAAUUGUCAAGUAGACAUAUGAAGAUGUAUUUUAAAGGUGAUAUGUUACUUUUGGUCAAGGUUUUGUUUCUUGCAUAAAGUUGACUGAUGUCUAGUUAAUAUUAUUUAUAGGCAGUGGCUACCUGGGGAAGGUGUCUCAGGUUAUCAGUUCUUGAAAACAAAAAUGCCCAAAACUUACAGAUUAAGUCUCACUCCUAACUUGAAACAGAUUUGAUGAAUAACAUAUUUGAAACAGUUUGGGUGGUCUGGAGAUGCAAGAUUUUUAUGCUCCCAGAAGGGGGAAGCAUAUAGUCGCCACCUUGUCCAUCCGUUCAUCUGUCUGUCUGUCCGUCCAUCACACUUCUUGUCCGGAGCAUAACUCAAAAAGUAUUGAAGAUUCUCACAAUGGUAGAGCUCAUUGAGAGGAAGUGCAGCGAUAAGGAACCAUAACUCUAGGUGGUCCCAUUUUUUAAUUAUCUCCCUUUUUGUAAAAAGCUUGUCCGGAGCCUUGGUCCAAUUGACUUGAUACUUUACAUAUUGAUAGAGGUCACUGAGAGAAAGUGCAGUGUCAAAGAACCAUAACUCUAGCUGAUCCA